CCAACUUUUCAAUAGCCACUGGCUCCCUUCUAUUUCUUGCACAACCACUCCUCCAUCCCCAAGCCAAAAGUCAUCCGUUACCUUCUGGUCAGAAGAAAAGCCACACAAACUGAUUUCGAUCAGGCACAGGAAAAUUAAAGGGGAACAAAGACGGCUGCUGCUGAUCAGUUUCCUUUUUGUUUAUCUCCGUUCAUCGAUCAUAGCAGCCCUGUUGUGAAGAAGAGGAAGAGGAAGAGGACGAGGAAGAGGAAGAAGAAACAUAAGAUUGCUUUUUGGUCUGGUAGGAUGUUUCACUCCAUUUCAAGAUGUGUCAAUUCAGUCUGAAGUGGCCAAGAAGCAAGUUCAGAGCUGGGUUCUGUCUUCAAGGAAGCAUCUGAAUGGCUUAUCCAUCUACCUCCGGGAUGGUCCAAGCUUCUUCAUCCCUCCAUGGCAGCAUUGCAGGAGAAGGGAUCCUGAAGGAUAUGACAUGUCAUCCGAUCUGGACCAAGCCCUACUCCUCUACUUUGAUGGGCAGCAAGCUAAGACAUCAAUUCAAGAACAACAACCGCAGACUCUCAACAUCUUCCCCUCCCAGCCAAUGCAUCAUAUCGAGCCAUCCCCGAAGGGUUCCAUGGCUUCUUCUUCAGUGGUGGCAGCACAGGUCGCUGCUGCCCCUUCCAAGAACUCGCAGGCGCCGUCGUUGAUGGGAGGCGGCGGGCCGCUUGCUGCCGCCGGCAAGAGCUCCAAGGCAGCAAUCAAGAGAGAAGGCGGCACCGCUGGCGGCAAGCAUGGCGCCGUGGGAGCUUCGAGCUCGGAUCAGGAGGGGCCCCGGACGCCGGACCCCAAGACGCUGCGGAGGCUCGCGCAGAAUAGGGAGGCCGCCAGGAAGAGCAGGCUGAGGAAGAAGGCUUAUAUUCAGCAGCUAGAGUCAGGCAGGAUCAGGUUGGCACAGCUAGAGCAGGAGAUGCAGAUGGCAAGAACCCAUCAGGGUGCACUAUGGGGUGCAGGAACUCUAAGCCCAGAUGCGGCGCUGUUCAACCUGGAGUACGAGCGGUGGCUUGGGGAGCACAGCAAGGUGGUGGCCCGGCUGCGUGCCGCCGCGGAGGAGCACCACCGGCCGGACGGCGAACUGCGGGCGUACGUGGACGAGGCCGCCGCCCACUACGGCGCGCUGAUGGGGCACAAGGCCCGGGUCGCCGGCGCCGACCCGCUCCACCUCCUCUCCGGCCUCUGGAAGGGCGCCGCCGAGCGCUGCUUCCUCUGGAUCGGCGGCUUCCGCCCCUCCGAGCUCGUCAAGGUCGUGGUCCGGCACGUGGAGCCGCUGGCGGCGGAGCAACAGGCGGCGGGGGCACGCGACGUGGAGCAGGCGGCGCGGCGGGCGGAGGAGGCGCUGGACGCCGAGCUGGAGGCGCUGCUCCGGUCGCUCUCCGAGGUCGUGUCCUCGGACGCGCAGCCGCCGCCGCCGGGGAUGAUGUACGGUGGCCAGCUCUACCACCCGGCCGACGUGGCCGGCUACAUGGGGAUGGGCCACAUGCACGUCGCCGUCGCCAUGGACAAGGUGGCCUCGCUCGGGACCAUCCUCAGACAGGCGGACGAGCUGAGGAUGCAGGCGUUGCACGCACUCCGGCAGAUCCUGACGGCGAGGCAGGCGGCGCGCUGCUUCAUCGCCGCCGACGACUACUUCUGCCGCCUCCGAACGCUCAGCACGCUCUGGACCACCAGCCGGACGGCCAAUCUGGCUAGAGGCCCGGCCGGGUAGACGUACAACUGAUCUACGGCAUGGGAUGGAAAUGGAAUACAUACGCGGCCGGCUAGCUACUAGCUUAGCUAUAUAGCCUAUAUGACGUAGUAACAUAGAAAGCGUUAAACUAUAUACAUCACAUGCAAAUGUAUCGGUGAUAUUUAUAGAUACAAAAUAGUAUCAUAUAGAAGUGCACCAGUGGUUCUCUUUUCAAAGUUGCAACAAUUCCAAAGCAGAUUAAUUAUUAGUGAGGUAUACAUAUGUGUUUGAACUUUGAAGGGAGAACCAUCGCUUCUGAAUGAAAAUGAUUGUGAUAUGAUAUUCAUAUA